UGUUAAAUCUACAGUAUGUGCAAACUAUAGUUAUGUCAUAAAAUAUAUAUAUAUAUAUAUGUAUAUAUAAAAACAUAUUUAUCUUGACAAGUUUUUUUUAGUUAUUUAUCAUGAGUCUAUCAGAUUAAAAAUUUAUUUUAUUUUGAGCAAGUAGUGGUAAUUAAAAUGAUUAAGGCUAUUUUGGUAUUUAAUAAUCAUGGCAAGCCGAGAUUAUCAAAAUUUUAUCAUUAUUUUAAUGAAGACAUGCAGCAGCAGAUAAUAAAAGAAACGUUUCAACUGGUGUCUAAAAGAGACGACAAUGUCUGCAAUUUUUUAGAAGGUGGAAGUUUGAUUGGUGGAUCUGAUUAUAAACUUAUUUACAGGCACUAUGCAACUCUUUAUUUUGUAUUUUGCGUCGACAGUUCGGAGUCCGAGCUGGGGAUACUUGAUUUGAUUCAGGUCUUUGUCGAGACACUGGACAAGUGCUUCGAAAAUGUCUGUGAGCUAGACCUGAUAUUUCAUGUCGACAAAGUCCAUUACAUUCUCAACGAGCUGGUGAUGGGCGGGAUGGUUCUGGAGACCAACAUGACUGAGAUUCUCACGAGAAUCGAGGACCAGAACAAGCUCGAGAAACAAGAGGCGGGAAUAACAGCAGCACCUGCACGAGCUGUUUCAGCCGUAAAAAAUAUGAACAUUCCUCAGCAAAUAAAAGAUAUGAAACUUCCUGAUCUACCGCAAGCUAUUAAAGAUCUUAAAUUUUGACGUCUGUUAUCACUAAUUAAUUAUCACCAUCAUUGUAUGCAUUUAUUUUUAGAUUAAUAAAAUAUAUAAUUCAUGUUUUAUUAUUAAAACCCUUAUAUUUGUCAGAUAAAUAUAUAUAAUGUAUGUACAACAAAUAAUACCUAUUACUUUUUAUAAAUAGUCGUAGUUUCAUUUCCAAGUGAUGUCCAUAUGUACCCACCAGUAGCACUUUCAAUAAGCGGUGGCGGGUAUGGAGUAUUUUUUAGUCUGUAAUAAUCCGAGGGCGCGUGCAUUAUAAAUUCCAUGCACUCCAGUCUUCGGGGUAAAUCUUCUUCAGGGCCAAUUAUAUAAGUUUCCGGACUGAAACCUUCUUCCGGUGGUGGACUGAAAAAAUUAAUUAUUAGUAUCACUGUA